GUUCAAGUCACCCAAACUACUAUUAAACCAUGUCUGAACAGCUCACUCUGUACCUUCACAAGGCCUCGCCCUUUAGCCACAAGGUCGAGCUGGCACUUAUCGAAGCCAAUGCACCCUACAAGGCCUACCAAAUCAAUCUCUUCGAUAAACCAGAGUGGUUCCUCAAAUUGAAUCCCGUUGGCGAGGUGCCCACUGUGACAUACGGGGGGCCCAGUGUCGAACCCGAGAAUCCUUCGCCGCUGUCCGCUAAAAUCGCAGAAUCGAAUGUAAUCCUCGAGUUCUUGGCGGACCUCUAUCCAGACUCUGGCCUCCUGCCAAAGGAUCCUGUUCUGCGUGCCAAAGUCCGUUUCUUCAUCAAUGCGACUACUAAACAUAUCGGGGAUUCGAGUUACGCCUUCGUCAAAGGGAGUGAGCCAUAUGCGAAUGUCCUGAAGGGGAUUGGAUUUAUUCAAGGACUUCUCGAGGAGGGCAGUGAGUUCGCGGUUGGAGAUCAUUACACCAUUGCGGAUGCGUGCAUCAUUCCGCACCUCGCAAGGCUCAAGAUCCUCGCCGAAAAUGACAUAGGGAAAUUCCCUGUUGGGAUGGGGCACAAGCUAAGCGAGGAAUUGAAGGCACCCAAGUUCGCCAAAAUCAUGAAAUACGUUCAGCGAAUGCUGGAGCGUCCGAGCUUGAAGCAAUCCUUCGAUGAGGGUUUGAUCACAUAUUUCAAGAUGGUUUUCACGGAGCGUGUACAGUGAACAUAUACAAUGACGGUAGAGAUACAUCGAAAUCUUACAAGAGCAUAGCAACUACUCCUCCAUCUCAUCUCCACUAUCAUCAUCGCUGUCACUGUCCUCACCCUCAGCAACAUCAAUGGGAUCCAAACUUAGAUCAUGAUCUGC